AUGUCUGGUUGGGAUCAGUAUGUGACAAAUUUAACCAGUCAAGGCAUUACACAUGCUGGAAUAUUUGGUGCUGAUGGUUCAAAAUGGGCAGCAUCUCAUCAUUUUCCUACUAUUGAUAAUAUCAAAGAGGAACUAUCCAAAGCAUUUUCAACUCAACCAUCUGGCAUUGUAGUUAAUGGUGAAAAAUAUAUUUUUAUACGUAACCAAGAUAAUUUUGUUGUAUUUCGAAAGGGAGCUGAUGGUAUGGUCAUAGUCAAAUUAAAUCAAGGCGGUCAAACAUCAAUAAGACCCUAUUGGCGUUGUUAUUAUUCUAAUACGGAUGCUAUUAUUUAUGUUAUUGAUAGUAUGGAUCGUGAUCGUAUUGGAAUAUCCAAACAUGAAUUAGUAUCAAUGUUAGAAGAAGAUGAAUUAAAAAAUUCCGUAUUAUGUGUAUUUGCUAAUAAACAAGAUUUAGAUAAUUGUAUGAGUGUAUCAGAAGUAGCGAAUGCACUCGGUUUAACAAGUUUAAAGAAUCGAAAAUAUCAAAUAUUUAAAACCUCUGCUAUUAAAGGUACGGGUCUUAAUGAAGGAAUGGAAUGGCUAUCAAAUUCGUUACAACAAAAAAAAUAG